CGCCUUAGUUGCCCCGCAGCUGCCGCGCGCGUCCGUCGCAUACUCCAUGCGACCCCGCUAUCCCUCUACCGUAAUAUGGAUAUACAGCAAACCCGCGUUCUUAUCAACAUCCAGUUCGCUUAUUUGUGGUUUUGCGAAUUCUUCGACAAAUAUAAAUGGAUUAUAUUGUAAAGUGCCACGAGAAACUAUUAGUUUUAUAAGGUAAAUGUGCGGACGAAUGGUGCAAAUGUGAUUUUAUACAAGUGUAGUGAAUGUAUUAACUUAUUUAUUAUUUAUAUAGAUUAUAUCUGAGGACCCAAAUCAUGGAACGUUACAAAACUGAUGCGUUACGAUGGCGUGCUUCCUACAACAGUGAUUUAAUAUAUACUAGUGCAUAGUGGUCGUAAAGUCUGAUCUGUUAGACUGCGUUAAAUUAUUUAAUAGUUAGUGUUUAUAUUGUGUGGAUUAUGCUGAUCAAUACGUUUUUGGACACGGAGGAUUUCGUGCAUUUGUAUUACCCGGAGGAUGAGCCCGUGGCCGCGCAGGGCUGCGGUGCGGGCGCGCGCAUGGCCUCCAAGUACCCGCCCAGACCGCCCUCGCCUGAGUACUCACAGGUGGUAGUGCCGUCGACUAGUGAGAUGUCGGACCGCGAGCGGUACCGCGCGCCGCCCCAGCCGGAGCCGCCGCCGCACCGCGUGCGCGCCGCCGACCUCUACCCGCGCCUGCGCACGCACUACGACGAGCCCGGCCUCGAUGCCGGCUUCACGCCCAUCUGUGGAGAGUUUGUGCAGUGGGUGGGCCGGACAGCGGACGGCGGUACAAUCGCGAUGUCCAACUACCGGCUUCACGUCCAGCCUCGAAGGCGGAACGGGCCGGGAGCCUCCAUUCCGCUGCGACUCAUCGACGCCCUUGAAAUCCGAGACCUGUUGCACCUGAUUGUACUUUGCAAAAAUGGAAGACAACUCAAAUGCUCAUUCAACACUGGUGAUCAGUGUAUCGAGUGGUGGAGGAGGUUGAAUACCGCCCUAGCGCCGAUCGGCUCCAUUCAGGAGACGUUCGCCGCAGCGUACGCUGCCUGGGCCAAGGAGCAGCCGCCGACCUCCGUGCACAGGGCCCUCAUGAGGGCCUCGCAGUCUCCACAGAGACACUGGUUCGGUCCCGAAGUGGAGCGGUUAGGUUUCACGUCGAAGGGCGCGUGGCGGGUGACGGCGGCCAACGCGGAGUACAAGCUGUGCUCCUCGUACCCGCCGCUGCUGGUCGUGCCCGCCUCCGUCUGCGACGAGGACCUCGACUCUGUUGCCAGAUUCCGUGCCAUGCGUCGCGUCCCGGCCGUGGUGUGGCGUCACCGCGGCAACGGCGCCGUGAUCGCGCGCUCCUCGCAGCCCGAGGUGGGCUGGCUCGGCUGGCGCUCCAGCGAGGACGAGCGGCUACUGGCGGCCUUCGUCAGCGCCUGCAACGCUGACCGAGGGAUGCAGACACCUAAUAACAAUAAGCAACUCAAACUCCUAAUAGUGGACGCUAGGUCAUACGCAUCAGCUGUGACGAACCGCGCUCGCGGCGGUGGCUGCGAGUGCCAGCAGUACUACCCUGCAGCAGACAUCCAGUUCAUGUGCCUGCCCAACAUCCAUCACGUGAGGAGGAGCUUCCAGCAAAUGAGGGCGUUAGCAGCUGAACCUAGUGAUCAGACCAACUGGCACAGCAACCUGGAGCGCACGCUCUGGCUGCAGUACGUGUCGGGCGUGGUCCGCGCGGCCAGCGUGGUGGCGCGCGCGGUGGCGGGCGCGCGGCCCGUGCUCGUGCACUGCUCGGACGGCUGGGACCGCACGCCGCAGAUCGUGGCCGCCGCGCAACUCAUACUGGAUCCCUACUACCGGACGCUUGAGGGCUUCCGAGUACUUAUUGAACGUGAAUGGCUGGACUUCGGCCACAAGUUCGCGGACCGCUGCGGCCACCAGUUCGGCCCCGAGGACCCCAACGAGCGCUCGCCCAUCUUCCUGCAGUGGCUCGACGUCGUCCACCAGAUGAUGCUGCAGUUCCCAUGCAGCUUCGAGUUCAACGAGGCCUAUUUGAUAAAGCUAGGCACGCACGUGCACUCGUGCAUGUUCGGCACGUUCCUGUGCAACACGGGGCGCGAGCGCGCGGACUGCCGCGCGGCCGACCUCACGCCGCACGUGUGGCACCUGCUGCGCGCGCCCGCCUACAGGAACCAUCUCUACUCGCCGCACCAUCUCGAUCAGCAGGCGAUCUGGCCGGAGUACUCUGUGCGUGCGAUGUGCGUGUGGAGCGGCAUGUUCUGCGCGGCGUCCGCGCGGGACGAGCCGCGAGACCACAAGCCCGAGCCGCCCGCGUUGCAGAUACACCCACAUGCUACCAACGGUUUAAUGACGAAGACGAGAUCUUGCGACAACCUGCUGAGUGAGGGCGAGAAGCGGACGGCGCAACGACGGUGUAGCGACCCCAGUCUAGCGCCAGACGUUAUGAAACUAUCAAUGGUAGUGACGAACGAGUGCGAGUCCCGUCGCGAGUGUCGCGCGGCGCUGACGGACAGCUGCGUGGACGAGCUGCCCGUCCUGCCGCUAGCCGCCGACAACGACGGGGACACCGACACCUGCGGGGACACGGUUGACGGCCUCCACCCGGACCACUUCGAGUCGUCGCACGUGUCGGGCGGGCGCGACCUGGCCAGCGGCUCGUCCUCCCUGGAGCGGGAGCUGGGCGCCGCCCUGCCCGACGCCGUCAUCGACCACGACGCCGACCACACUCCCGACUCCGUCCCACCACGCGACCACCACGCACCGUCCCCACCCACCACCACCGCGCUACAGCCUGAUGAUACGCCUGAGGAACCGCCCGUCUUCGUCUGUGAUACUUAUACCGAUGUUAUUGGAAUGGCUGAGGCAGCAAGAGAAUCAGCUCGAACACGAAACAUCAGUAUAACUUGGCGAUCAAUCUCCGAGUCAAGCAACCAAUCGUCAACCGGCUUCGACAUCAACGAAGGUCGCGGGGAGCCUACGGCCUCGCGGAACACGUCGCACGACUCCUCCCCCAUGGACAACCACACCGACGACAGGGCCAACCACAAUGUGGUUGCCGACCUCAACAACCAUGUGAGAGAGAAUGGUGUUACCAACGGAACUCUGAACGGCAUUGAUGAUGUCACUACCAAGUUUUUAGAAGUUGAUCUGAAUGGCGGCGCCACAUCGAGCAGCAUGAGCUCUGAGAGCGAGGGCGAGGCGGGCGCGUGCGGGCGGCGCGCGGGGGCCGCCUCGCAGCUCACGCUGUGCCCCGCGCCGCCGCGCCGCGCCUGCUGCCACUGCGACACGCGCGCCAGCGCUACCAGUGGUAUCGAGACGUCGGGCGAGUCCGGCGGCAGCUCGGAGGCGUGCUGGUGCGGCGUGUGCGGCGGCGCGCUGGCGGGCUCGCGCGUGCGCUGCGUGUGCGGCGCCGGACACGCGCGCGCCGACCCGCUCGACGGACUGCCGCCCGCGCUCGACCCGCUGCAGGCCCGUCUGCAUCAGAUCAUACUCUACCAGAAGAAAGUAGUUGAGGAGUUGAGCGGUCAGUUACGAUCCGCGCGAGAAGCACUACGACAGUCAACAACACCCGCGCCGCCUGUUGCCCCGCCCGCCGCGCCCGCUCAGAAGGCGGCCCCGCUGCGCGGCGCGCGCGGCAGCGGCAGCAGCAGCGGCAGCGCCAGCGAGGUGGAGGUGGGCGAGGAGGCGCGCGGCGUCGUGUGGCUGCCCGACAGCGCCGCGCCGCGCUGCCAGUACUGCCGGAACCACUUCUGGCUGGCCCGCCGCAGGCAUCACUGCAGACGGUGUGGUGGCAUUUUCUGCGGGUCGUGCUCGGAGAUGAGCUCGUGGGGCGACUGCGGCACGAUGCGCGUGUGUCGGCGCUGCCGGGCGCUGCGGUGACGCGCCCGAGCCCGCCCGAGCCCGGCCGAGCGAGCCCGAGCGCGUCCGAGCCUGCCAGAGCGAGCCCGAGCGCGCCUGAGCCCGCCCGAGCGCAGCCGAGCGCGGCCGAGCCCGCCCGAGCGCAGCCGAGCGCGGCCGGACGCGCCCGAGCGGAGCCGAGCGCGCGCGAGCCCGCUCGACCGCGCCCGCGCCCCGGCGGGGGAGGGCCUCCACUUCCCUGCGAGUGCGAAAACUGUUUAGACCGACCCCCGCUUCCCUGCCGGCUGAUCUACUACCUAGGUUAGCGUUCCUAUAAACUCGUAAUGCAAUAGAAUAAAGUGUAGUUACGUCUAAACAGUUUUACGUUUAAAACUAGUCAUGCCGCUUCGAUAACUAGCUUGUGAAACGUUUUCAAAACGCUAUUUAUCUACGAAAUAUGUAUGAGAAUUCAAAUUGAUUGUCAUCUUUAUUUUCAUUAAUAUCACCAUGACAUUAUUGUUUCAUUAAUUGUCCGAAUGUUUGUGCCGAGUCGAGGAGUGUGGCGUCGCAGCCGUAACGUUGGCACGCUCGCGUGUCGUGUAGGAGGGAUCUAGUCUUUCGUGGUGUCGGUGUUGACGGGCCGGUCGCGGUAUGUAAUUAGGUAAAUGGUAUAGUGAAUCAUUGUUACGCGAAGGCUGACUUUCUACGAUUAAUAUUUAAACUUUUUUCUACGACUGUUUUUUUCGGUCUCUAUAAAUAAAUUCACUAAAUGUAUUAUUAUUAAUUUUUCGAUUUAUUUUUCCUUUGUUCGUCGAGAGAGUGAAUCGGUUGUAAACUGGCCCCAACAGGUGUGAAUACAGACACGUAAGACUUUGUAUAAACUUGUUUUUAUUUCCUUUUUAUUUUGUAUUAUAGUGUUUCAUUUGUUCUAUUAUUAUUUUUGUACAGUAAGGUUUUGUUUCACACUUGGUCAGAUACUGGGAAGCCUCGCCACGUCACGUGACAGCUUCGCAAGUUGGUGACGAUGUGUAUGUCCUGAGCCUUGAUAACUUGACAAAAGACAAACGCUUGCGGCUGUCACGUGACUCGGCGAGCGGAAACCUUAUAUAAGACUUAAUUUGUAUAUUCGACAUUUUCCAUUAAUUUCAAAUGUAUAAAAUACAUUUCUUUGUACUAUUAAAUAUUCGACUGAAUUUGCUUAUGGAUAAGAAUAGAUGUCUAUAUUGGACAUAUUGAUUUAUAAAAUCCAUACUAAGCUUUAUAAUUACGUUGAUACAUUUAUAUUAUGUACUAAAUUUUCACACCGUAAUAAUUUCCUAGAGUAGAGCGUCAGAGUUCUGUAUUUUAUUUGUGAUAUUGUGAUGAUAAUUUUGUAUAAUGAUUAAGAGUUUAAUAACAUGUUGUUAGAAGUUAAAUUUUACAGGUGAUUAUUUAAAAUACCCUCGCGGUGCGUUGACUUUGCUGUAGUUGCAAUAUCUGAUACUAAGAGCAAAAUGUCCACGUGGACGUGGUGGUUACGUCAAUUUUUUUAUGGAACAUGCUGUGAGACGUGCCUAGCGCGGGCUUCGCAACUAAAUUUAGCGAGUAUACAUCAACAAUAUCAUAGGAGAUUACUAGAAAAAUAAUUCCAAUACCAUAGGUGUUGUUUAAAUAAAUGUUUUAUACAUGAGUAUAAUCAAAUCAGUCGUGAUUGUAAUGUCGAGCGAGCCCGCGCGACCGCGUAACCGCUUCGUAUAUAAUAACAAAUGAUUUUGUAAUUAUUCGUAACUGAGGGGAUUGUUGUUAACUGCAUAUAUUUUAUAUUGUAAACGAAAAGCUCGGAGUAACGUGUAAGUACUGUCGAAGUGCAAAACUUGUUUGUGACCAAUGAAUAUUGACACGAUGUGAAAUAAAGCAUAUUUAGUUUUAUGAA